AUGUCAACGGCGAGGGGAAAUGUAACCGAAGUUUUACAUUUUAAUAUUUUGGGAUUUCCUGACACGCUGGAGAAGCGCAUCGUACUAUUUACCUUGCUUUUGGGCAUUUAUGUUAUAACUUUAUCAGGAAAUCUGCUCAUAAUCAUUAUAACUAAGCUUGAUUCCAGUCUACAAAAUCCAAUGUACAUCCUUUUAGGUAACUUGUCUUUAAUCGAUAUUUGUUAUAUUUCGGUAACUGUACCACAUAUGUUAAUGACUCUGGCUUCAAAUGACACAAGUAUUUCCUUUGUAGGUUGUAUGGCCCAGCUAUUUUUUGUGAUUUUUCUAGAGGGUGCAGAAUGCAUUCUUUUAGCUAUAAUGGCUUACGACCGCUAUGCAGCUAUCUGCAAGCCCUUAUACUAUGCCAUUAUAAUGGAUAGGGGAGUCUGUUAUAAAUUGGUUUUGUUGGCAGUGCUCUGGGGUGCUCUUCACUCACUACUCCACACUUUGUUGAUUGUCCGUUUGCCCUUCUGCGAUAAUGGGAUCAACCAUUUGUUUUGUGACAUUCCACCUCUGCUGAAACUCUCGUGCAUAGACACUUAUCUAAACGAGACAGUACUUUUUGCAGUCAGUGGAGUGUUUGUAGGACUUGGUCCACUUUUAUUCAUCCUUAUCUCCUACGUGCAGGUAGUUUCUGCUAUCUUUGAAAUGACAUCUGAUGUAGCAAGACGCAAAGUAUUCUCUACCUGUGCUGCACAUCUAAUCAUAGUGACUACUUUUUAUGGAACUGGGAGCUUCAACUAUGUGAGACCCAAGUCAAGUUACUCCCUGGAGCGUGACAAACUGGCUUCUGUGGUUUAUAAUGUAAUCACUCCUAUGUUAAACCCCAUCAUUUACAGUCUGAGGAACAGUGAGGUGAAGAGGUCUCUGAGAGAUGUACUCAGGAGAUACCAAUUCUCCAGGAAGAGAUGA